AUGGACGCCACGCCGGGGACGCUCAAGCGCACGGGGCGGCCGGUGCACCCUCUGUGGGCGCACUUCCACCGCGGAGAGAAGCGUAACCGGUACCACUACCACGCGUACUGCUCGUACUGCGUGGCUCGCCAUGGCGCGGACCAGGUGCCGCCCACCCGCGGCGUGUCCUCGGACAUGCUCCGACACCUGGAGAGCUGUCCCAAUUGCCCUCGGAAGGUGGUGGACUCGGUCAAAGAGCUCUGCGGACGACGCGAGCGCAACGCCCACAACAAGAAGCACCUGAACGCCAACAGUGGCAGCGACUGCAGCAGCCGUCGACUGGAGGACGCCGUGAACGAGGAGGAGGACGACGACCAGGUGCUGCUACUGGAUGCGGUGGCCGUCUCGGCGAGUGCCUCUGCGGCCAUGCACGAGCCGCACCACACGACAGCGGACGACGCUGCGGCGACGGAGGACACUUCGGUGGUUGGCAAGAGGACGGCGAGUGAAGCGCUGGAGGACGCAACGGUGGACAUGUCUCGUCUCAAUCAUGUGGACACUUCAGAGGUGGACAAGAGGACGACGUCCAAGAGUGGAGGCGGGUACUUGGCAAUGCCCACGAAGCGUGGACGCAUGGGCAGCGGUCACGCAGCUGAACAGGAGGACGCGGUGGCGAGGUGGAGGGUGAGCUUGUUGCAGACUGCGGUGGCUGCGGGUAUCCCGCUGUCAGCGUUCCAGAAGAGCGAGUUCCAGGAGCUAUUGCAGGUUCUGAGCCCUGCAAGGGUCGACAGUGACGAGGUGAUCGGCAGUGUGGGUGGCCAAGCGUUUCUCGAGGAGACGGCGGCGAAGCUGGCGCAGAGUCAACUGGACCGCGUGAAGGAAGGCAUGCUGAACUCGACGAUUAAGAGUGGACUCACGCUGAGCAUUACGGUCUGGCAUACUCUCGACCUGCAGAAUUUAGUGGCGUUCACGCUCGUUAAUUCAAACGGAGACGCUGCGUGUGUCCGCGUAGAGGAUCUAGGAGGACAAAUCCCACAGCUUAACCCGACUGGCGACGAGAACGACAGCCCGUCUUUAAUGGCGCAGUUGCUUCCGCUAGCUGACGCCAUUGAAGACGUUUUACAGGAGCUGAACAACAAGAACAUUUGCAUCAUGGGGAUCGUGGCCGACUCGGCCGAGGCGCUCAGUGCAGCGAAGAGGGUCUGUCGCAGUGAAAAAUGGCGCUCUCUCCUGGUGGUUCCCUGUAUGUCUGCGCUGCUGACGUCGCUGGUUGGCAGCGUUCUUACGCACGAGGCUUACUGCGAUGCUGUUGGACAGCUUGUGGAGCUGGCGGCCUAUUUCUCCAAUGCGCGGUUGCAGGCAUCACUGCGCGCCAUGUCCGGGGAAGAUGAUGCUCGAAUCCCUCUUCCGACAAGAGAACACUGGUUUUCGUUCGUGGUUUGCCUCACCAAGGCUCUUCACUACAGCGACGCUAUCACCGCGUUGUGCUCAAGUCAAGAUGAGAGAGGUUCCCCUUUGGCUCCGUUGGCACUUCGCGAACUUGUGCUUCGUGGCGAUGCCCGGCUCUGGAAAACUUUACGAGAACUGGCGGUGCUGUUGGCCCCAUUGCGAGAGGCGUAUAGUCUCGUGUUCCAGGCAAAGCCGAAGCUGGGCGAGAUCAGUAGUGCUUACGACAACGAUGACGAGUGUGCGACCACAGUGCAUGCGGGGCUCACUUUGGCUCAUGUCAUGUACCAGCUCGGCCGCAUGAGCCAACAGUAUGCCGCCUUGGCGGAAUCUGCCGAUAUGUCUUCGUCAUCAACUAGCAACGGUGAGAAUACGGCGGUAGUGGCUCAGCGACUGCACGAGCUGUUGGACGUGAUGUGGCAGCGAUAUGAUCUCCCGACGAUGGUACUUGCC